AUGAUGAAGAGGAAAUCACGCCCUGGUGCCGGGGGAGACAGGAGCAGGCCUUGCUGGCAUGGUUCCACUGAGAGCUGGAUUGAAAGAUGUCUCAAUGAAAGUGAGAACAAACGUUAUUCCAGCCACACAUCUCUGGGGAAUGUUUCUAAUGAUGAAAAUGAGGAAAAAGAAAACAAUAGAGCAUCCAAGCCCCACUCCACUCCUGCUACUCUGCAAUGGCUGGAGGAGAACUACGAGAUCGCGGAAGGCGUCUGCAUUCCGCGAAGUGCCCUGUACGUGCAUUACCUGGACUUCUGCGAGAGGAACGACACGCAGCCUGUCAACGCGGCCAGCUUCGGGAAGAUCAUAAGGCAGCAGUUUCCUCAGCUAACCACCAGAAGACUUGGGACGCGAGGACAGUCAAAGUAUCAUUACUACGGCAUUGCGGUGAAGGAAAGCUCCCAGUAUUAUGAUGUGAUGUAUUCCAAGAAAGGAGCCGCCUGGGUGAGCGAGACGGGCAAGAAAGAAGUGAGCAAACAGACGGUGGCAUAUUCACCCCGGUCCAAACUUGGAACACUGCUGCCAGAGUUUCCAAAUGUCAAAGAUCUAAAUCUGCCAGCCAGUCUGCCUGAGGAGAAGGUCUCUACCUUUAUUAUGAUGUACAGAACACACUGUCAGAGAAUACUGGACACUGUAAUACGAGCCAACUUCGAUGAGGUUCAAAGUUUCCUUCUGCACUUUUGGCAAGGAAUGCCCCCCCACAUGCUGCCUGUGCUGGGCUCCUCCACGGUGGUGAACAUCGUCGGCGUGUGUGACUCCAUCCUCUACAAAGCUAUCUCGGGGGUGCUGAUGCCCACCGUGCUGCAGGCGUUACCUGACAGCUUAACUCAGGUGAUCCGAAAGUUUGCCAAGCAGCUGGAUGAGUGGCUAAAAGUGGCUCUCCAUGACCUCCCAGAAAACUUGCGGAACAUUAAGUUUGAAUUGUCGAGAAGGUUUUCCCAAAUUCUGAGACGGCAAACAUCACUGAAUCAUCUUUGCCAGGCAUCUCGUACAGUGAUCCACAGCGCAGACAUCACAUUCCAAAUGCUAGAAGACUGGAGGAACGUGGACCUCAACAGCAUCACCAAGCAAACCCUCUACACCAUGGAGGACUCCCGCGAUGAGCACCGGAAACUCAUCAUCCAGUUGUACCAGGAAUUUGACCACCUCCUGGAGGAACAGUCUCCCAUCGAGUCCUACAUUGAGUGGCUAGACACCAUGGUGGACCGGUGUGUUGUGAAGGUGGCUGCCAAGAGACAAGGGUCCCUGAAGAAAGUGGCCCAGCAGUUCCUCUUGAUGUGGUCCUGUUUUGGCACAAGGGUGAUCCGGGACAUGACCUUGCAUAGUGCCCCCAGCUUCGGGUCUUUUCACUUAAUUCACCUGAUGUUUGAUGACUACGUGCUCUACCUGUUAGAAUCCCUGCACUGUCAGGAGCGCGCCAAUGAGCUCAUGCGAGCCAUGAAGGGAGAAGGAAGCACUGCAGAAGUCCGAGAAGAGAUUGUCUUGACAGAGGCCACCCCGCCAACCCCUUCCCCAGUGCCAUCAUUUUCACCAGCAAAAUCCGCCACGUCCGUGGAAGUGCCACCUCCGUCCUCCCCGGUCAGCAACCCAUCCCCUGAGUACACUGGCCUCAGCACCACAGGAGCAAUGCAGUCAUACACGUGGUCUCUGACCUAUACGGUGACAACGGCGGCAGGGUCCCCAGCGGAAAACUCCCAACAGCUGCCCUGUAUGAGGAGUCCCCAUGUGCCUUCUUCCUCCGUCGCACACAGGAUACCAGUUUAUCCGCACAGAGAGGAGCACGGAUACACGGGAAGCUACAACUAUGGGAGCUAUGGCAGCCAGCAUCCUCCCCCCAUGCAGAGCCAGUACCCGGCCCUCCCCCACGACACGGCCAUCUCUGGCCCGCUGCACUACGCCCCUUACCACAGGAGCUCCGCACAGUACCCUUUCAAUAGCCCUACUUCCCGGAUGGAACCCUGUUUGAUGAGCAGUACUCCCAGACUGCAUCCCACCCCAGUCACCCCCCGAUGGCCAGAGGUGCCCACAGCCAACACGUGCUACACAAGCCCGUCUGUGCAUUCCACGAGGUAUGGAAACUCUAGUGACAUGUACACACCCCUGACCACGCGCAGGAAUUCUGAGUACGAGCACAUGCAACACUUUCCUGGCUUUGCUUACAUCAACGGAGAGGCCUCCACAGGAUGGGCUAAAUGACUGCUAUUGCAGGAAUCCAUAUUUAAUAUUAAUAAUAAUUAUUAAUAAUAAUAAACCCAACAACCCACCCCCAGAAGACGUUAUCUCUAUACAUCAUAACUCAUGGACUACUCCUAG